AUGGAUGGUGUCAAGCUAAACCAAACAAGCGUGGAAUUUCCUUUCACGGUGGGCGCGGAUCUGCAUUCCACCCUUCAGAUUGUCAACACCGCCACCAAGUCAAGAGCCAUCCGGAUCACGCCAGGGAGAUCAAAAGAGUACGCGGUUGAGAGGGGGUGCACGAUCCUGCUGCCGCCCAAUGCAUACGUGGAGAAAGGAGUGACAUGCCCGGCCUUCCCCCGCAAGCCCUUCUGGUUCCCCUCCGACUCUUUCACCUUUGAUGCCUUCGCCACAAUCGAAGAGCUAGCCGAGCGCAACGAGAUGCUCUAUGCUGCCCGCGAGCGAGCCGCACAGCUGGCGGAAGAUGUGAAACUCAGGGAGGAUGCGAUCAAGGCCAUGGCGAUAUCCCAGGCGGAAUCUCAGGUGAAUUCUCAGGUGGAGGCGCAGGUGGACGCUCCGGGGAGCUUACUGUUCCCUGGCAACCGGCAGCGAUUGGACGAACUGGAGAUGGAAAGGACGGUCCACCGGAGGGAGAAGGCGGCGUGGGAGGGCAGGGAGGCGGAGCGGCGCGAGGAGAAGGUGACGUGGAGGGAGGAGCGGGCGCGGUGGGAGGCGGAGCGAGCGGGGUUGCAGCGGCAGAUGAGGGCGCUGAGAGCGGAGAAGGUGGAGCUGGAAGGGAAGUUUGGACAGCUGCACGCGGCGCUCUGUGAGGGGGGCCUAUCUGAAACUUCCAACGUGUCCACUCUUACAGAUGACUGUGAUUCCUCCGAUGCUGACUCAGCAUCGAGCAGCGCGCAUGCCACAUCAGCAGAGUCAGGAGUUCGGUCUGUGGAGCAGACAGGGGAGUUGACUGAGUCAACGGGGUCAAACGAAUUCAAGGGGCAAAUUGAGAAGAGGGUGGGAGAGCAGGGGCAGGGGGAGGGUGAGGAGCAACAGCAGGAGCAGGAACAGGGGAGGGAUGGGGAGACGGGCGGAGUAAAGAAGUCAGUGGCAGGGGUUCGGUGGGAUAUGCUGCGGUUGGUGGCAAGGCACAAGCAGGCUAUGAGGGAGGUGGAAGAAGAGUUAAAGGAGAAAGAUGAGAAAAUCAGAGACCUUGGAAAGGCGAUCUGUAUGAUUGAGGAUAGGGAGGAGAAGAGAGAGGAAGAGAGGAGGAGAGAGGAGAGUGUGUUGAGGCUUCGAUUGGAGGAGAAGGAGAGUGCAGUGCGGGAGAGGGAGGAGAGGGUGUGUGAGUGGGAGAGAAUGGUGGAGGAGAGGGAGGAGGAGGCGCGAGUGUGGGAGUGUAAGGUGGUGGAGCGAGAGGGGAGUGUGCUGCAGAGGGAGGAGAGAGUGAGGGAGGAGGAGGGGAGGUUGCGGCAAUGGGAGGAUAGGUUGCAGGAGAGGGGUGGGAGGGUGGAGGAGUUGGAAGGGGAGGUGGAGAGGUUGAGAGCGGUGGUGAGGGAGAGGACGGAGGAAGGCGCUGCUAUGCAACAGGCCAUGGAGCGAUUGCAGAUGCAGCUGAUUAACUCGGGAGAGGCAGCACAAGCACACUCCUUAGAACCCCAGAUGAAGGUGCAGAUGCAGGGACUCUCCCCUAUGCACCACCUCUCCUUGCAAGCAGACCCACCAUCAGGCACAGGCCAUGCCAACGGCAUAGCUACGCGGAAGGAUUGGGGGAUGGGAAGGACUUGUGCGGCAAGCAAGGGGGAGAUGCGCAGCCCGCUGUAA